GCCCCACCCAAUUGAAAACAUACAGCGAAAUUACCGGCGCAGUAUCACGAGUCAUGCAGCGGUCUUGUAGAGUUGAUAAACCCUUAACCACACUUUACUAAUUUAUAUACCUAAAAACCCUAUUUCUCAUUUCUUCUACAACCUUCUACUCUCCCUCGUUCAUUCUGCUAUCACUCUACUGUCUCUACUACUUCACUUCAUCAUCCUCUUUUUUCAGCCAUGGGUUCAGGCAAGAUCAAGAUCGGAAUCAACGGAUUUGGAAGAAUCGGACGUUUGGUUGCUAGAGUUGCUUUGAAGAGGGACGAUGUUGAACUCGUUGCUGUUAAUGAUCCUUUCAUUACUACCGAUUACAUGACAUACAUGUUUAAGUAUGACAGUGUUCACGGACAGUGGAAAAACGAUGAGUUAACUGUUAAGGAUUCCAAAACCCUUCUCUUUGGCUCAAAGCCCGUAACUGUCUUUGCACACAGGAACCCAGAAGAGAUCCCAUGGGCCAGCACCGGUGCUGAUAUUAUUGUUGAGUCCACCGGUGUUUUCACCGACAAGGACAAGGCUGCUGCUCAUUUGAAGGGUGGUGCUAAGAAGGUCAUCAUUUCUGCUCCCAGUAAAGAUGCUCCCAUGUUUGUUGUUGGUGUUAACGAGAAGGAAUACAAGCCAGAGUUCGAUAUUAUCUCCAAUGCUAGUUGCACUACCAACUGCCUUGCACCCCUUGCAAAGGUUAUCAAUGACAGGUUUGGCAUUGUUGAGGGUUUGAUGACCACUGUUCAUUCCAUCACUGCCACUCAAAAGACUGUUGAUGGGCCAUCAGCCAAAGACUGGAGAGGUGGAAGAGCUGCCUCAUUCAACAUUAUUCCUAGCAGCACUGGAGCUGCUAAGGCUGUUGGCAAAGUUCUUCCUGCUUUGAAUGGAAAGUUGACCGGAAUGGCAUUCCGUGUCCCAACUGUCGAUGUGUCAGUUGUUGACCUUACAGUGAGGCUCGAGAAACCCGCCACCUAUGACCAAAUCAAAGCUGCUAUCAAGGAGGAGUCUGAGGGCAACUUGAAAGGAAUCCUCGGUUACACCGAAGAUGAUGUGGUCUCCACUGACUUUAUUGGUGACACCAGGUCAAGCAUCUUUGAUGCCAAGGCAGGAAUUGCCUUAAAUGACAACUUUGUCAAGCUUGUCUCAUGGUACGACAACGAGUUGGGUUACAGUACCCGUGUUGUUGACCUCAUUGUUCACAUUGCAAAGCAACUUUAAGGUGGUUGUGCUAUUAAUUGUCCUACCUUUGUUUCUUACCAUGCCAUUAGCCUAGCACAGCAGUUAGGCCUCUUUUUAAUGUAAUAAGUUGUUUCCUUGAACUUGUGAAGUUUGCAUGUUAUGGAGCCGUAGGGUUUUUGUUUGCUUAAUACAUUAAGCAUUGAGCUAUUUUGGAUUUUUAUGUAUUUACUGAGUUCUAGUUGUGUGACAAUAAAUGAUUAUUGCCAUGUCCGCGCAAGUCAA